AUGAGGAAUAUGUUCAAGUACAAAUCCGAGAUUUUAAGAAUUAGGAAUAAUGGCUUUUGGAAAAUCAGGCGGCCAUUUUUGGGGAUUUUCAAGGGAUUGCAGGAUCUAAUUGAGGAUGAAGGGACACCAUAUGAAACUGGGCAAAGGUUGGGUAGGCGCAACUUAAGUACUGAUGAUAGCAUUUGGGAAUUUUCCGGAUACAUGGUGAUGGUGAACACCCGUCGGACCCGGAACUGUAGGCAAGGAAAUGAAGUUCGGGAGGAAAGGACAGAGGCACCCCAGGGUAGCCAACCGCAUGAGAGGAAUCAAGAAUAUGGAGAUCGGAUGAUCCGAGUCGAGCGGAUUCUUGAGAACAUGGUUGUCGUCAUGCAAGAGACACGACCUACACAGCCAACGGGGCAUAUCAAUCCCCGAAGUCCAGAUAUCAGCGACCGAUUUCAGCGACUGAAUCCACCCAUUUUUCGAGGGAAAGCAGGAGCCGAUCCUUGCGAAAGCGAGUAUUGGGUGGAACAAAUCGAGAAAAUCUUUGACUUCAUUGGCUGUGAUGAGGAGGAUAAGGUUAGUUGUGCCACUUUCCAACUUCGAGACGAGGCAGAUCAAUGGUGGAAGACGAUGCAGAGGGCCUUACGAAGUCCUGAAGGGCAAGGUGAGCCAAAUGUUUCGUGGGCGCGAUUUAAGGAACUUUUCAAUGCUAAGUACUUUCCUCUGUGCAAGAAGAUGGAGAAAAGCCGAGAGUUCAUGAACCUGCGACAGACCGAGGGCAUGUCAGUUGCCCAGUAUGAAGAUAGGUUCACACGUCUCAUUAAGUAUAUGCCUAUCUAUAAUUUGGACGAGGAGGCCAAGGCUCAAAAAUUCCUGGGAGGAUUGAAAAUGGAAAUUCAACAAGCCUUGAGUUCUGUCGGGCCACGCACGUAUGCAGAAGUAGUCUUUCAAGCCCAGACUGUGGAGAGUAAUCAUGAGAGGAUGAACUCCUUGAGAAAUGAAUCCCAAAACCCAACAGACAGGAAGUUUGAUAGAGGGUCAAACUUAGGACCUCGAGGGAAAAAUUUCAAGAAAAAAGAGAAUUGCCCUAAAUGUCAGAAGUCACAUUCAGGGAAGCCAUGCAAGAUAGAGACCCCAAAGUGCUAUAAUUGCGGAGCUAAUGACCACAUGAUCCGUGAAUGUACGAAGGGACGGGUGUGCUACAAUUGUCAACGACCCGGCCAUGUUUCCAAGGAUUGUCCGCAAGGGAAGGGACCAGGUCAGCAGGGAGCAAAUAAAGGGAGCCAAGGAUUUCGCCAAGGUCGCGUAUUCAACCUGUCAAAGGAAGACGUGACCUUAAAUCCAGCAGUAAUUCAAGGUACGAUGAUCUUUCUUAAUACCUCGGUACAAGUACUGGUAGAUCCUGGAUCCACGCAUUCAUUCAUAUCUCAUGCAUUGACACGAUGCUUAGAAUUGGAGUUGGAAGAACUUAGUUACCCCAUGGUGAUAGCCACUCCUUUAAAUAAAGAGAUGGAAACCCGUUUGGGUUAUAAGGAUGGGAAGAUUUCAUUUGGAAAUGGUGAGUGGGCAAUUGAGCUUAUAUCCCUGGACAUACAAGAUUUUGAUCUAAUCUUAGGGAUGGAUUUCCUAUCUAAAUAUAAUGCCAAAGUGGAUUGUCGUAGAAAGGUAGUAAGCUUACAAGACGAGUGUGGAACUUGGGUGAAAUUUCGAGGUCAGGAUAGUAUUGGGGAAAUCAAGCGAAUAACUGUGCUUAAGGCCAUUAGAAUGAUGGAAAAUGGUGCUUAUGGGUAUCUAGCUUGUGUCGAAGGGGUUGAGAAUAAGAAAUGGGAAUUAGGUGACAUACCUGUGGUAAAGGAAUUUCCUCAAGUUUUUCCAGAGGACCUACCAGGAUUACCCCCUCAUCGGGAAAUUGAAUUUGCUAUAAAAGUUGUACCUGGGUAUUAUUUGUAA